ACAAUGAUAUCCGAAGUGGGUCAUCACCUGGGUUUGGAAUUGACAGCGCUUUAAAAGGUGUAUAUUAUAAAAUCAUAAAAGUUGAAGAUAAAGUUGGAUUUGAGUACCAACGCAGAUCUAUU